AUGGGCUACGUAAGGGACGUCUACCCGAUGCCAAUACGGCCGAGUAUUAUAAGUAAACGUCUUCGUAGAAAAGAGAAAAUCCUCGGGGAUAUCAUUGUGUGUUGUAUCAGCAUCCUGGCCGGUAUUCAACUGACCACCUCCCUCUGCUAUACUUUCUUUCCAGAGGUACUCAUACGCAAAUGCAAAAUUCCACCCCAGAAAGUGGUGGAAAGUCAUUCCAUACCCGAUUUUAUUGAGGAUCUGGGGGAGUUCCACUUUCACAAGGGACCAAAAAGAAAACUGAUGCUUGUCGGUGUAAUGACCAGCAAUAAAUAUUUCAACUCGCGAGAUUGGGCCAUCCAAAUGACAUGGACGAAAACCAUUCCUGGCGAUGUGGUGUACUUCGUUGGCAAUAGCACUGAUCCGGCCCCCGACGGUCUACCUUUGAUAAGACUGAACCGAGUGCCGGACAACGUCUAUCCUCCACAGGGAAAAGUGUUUGAGAUGCUCAAAUACAUGUACCUUAACCACGUAGAUAACUACGAAUAUUUCGUACGUGCCGACGAUGAUGUGUUCAUCAAAGGCGAGGAAUUGGGCAGCUUGCUUCGAUCAAUGAACAGUAGUGAAAAUGUUUACAUGGGUCACUAUGGACAAGGAAUACCCGAAGAGAUCGGGAAGCUUGGAAUGGGAAAAGAUUUCUUCUACUGUAUAGGUGGACCGGGUGUGAUCUUCAGCCAUAAAGCUUUGAAAAUUCUGGCUCCAAAUUUGGACAACUGCAAAGGAGAUACGGCAACCUUUCACGAGGACACAGAACUUGGCCGUUGUGUAGAAAAUUAUUUGAAAGAGCAAUGUAAAUCCAACCGAAAGGUGCGUCAAUUGUUCUACCAGAAUUAUCGCGAGGUGAAAGGGACAUUCAAUCAUGAACUGGGCGCCAAGGAGAGCCAUGCCAUAACGCUGCACCCGGUUAAGAAUAGCAGUUAUACUCUCAAUUUGAUCCCUGUAUACUGUGGAAUGUUAUGCCUUGAUCUCUCUCUUUCUCUGCCUCAUCUUUACUCUAUCUGCAAUGUAACUUACAGAAUUGUCUUAUCAAGAAGCGUGAACCCCACCACCACCAUUUUAGCGCACAUUGUGCCCAAGAAGUCUUCAUAUUGCCCAACAUCUUAA